AUGCGAUCACUAGGUCAAAACCCAACCGAACAGGAACUAUUGGAUAUGGUCAACGAGGUGGACAUUGAUGGAAGUGGAACAAUUGAUUUUCCGGAAUUUUGUCAAAUGAUGAAACGCAUGAAUAAGGAGAACGAUAGUGAAAUGAUACGUGAAGCAUUCCGAGUGUUCGAUAGGGAUGGUAAUGGAUACAUAACGGCCGAAGAAUUUCGAUAUUUUAUGACACAUAUGGGUGAACAAUUCAGUGAUCAAGAAGUUGACGAGAUUAUUGCUGAGGUGGAUAUUGAUGGUGAUGGACAGGUGAGAGAAAUACUCAUUAAUUCUACCUUAUCCACAAAACAGCUCAAAUUUUCCGAAUGCCGGUCGAAAUUCCUACUCAAAUGCUUCGUAAUCGAGCACCUGAAUUCCAUCUUUUCUGUGUGUCUGUUAUAG